CAUUUUGUCCACCACCCCAACCCUCGCACGUGUGUCCAAAACCUCUUAUGGUCUUGUUUCGCUACCCUCGGUAUCCUCAUUUUUCUUUCUUCCUUAAGACAAAGUCACAAAGGCUUCAUUAAUUGGCUGCAAAGCUCUCAUCUCUCUUUGACCAUGUCGUCGAUUAAAACCAUUAAGGUCAGCAAUGUUUCUUUACAAGCUACUGAGCGAGACAUCAAUGAGUUCUUUUCCUUUUCUGGUGAUAUAGAAUAUGUAGAAAUGCAGAGUGACAAUGAGCGGUCUCAAAUUGCCUAUGUUACCUUCAAGGAUUCACAAGGAGCAGAGACUGCUAUUCUUCUUUCGGGAGCAACGAUAGUCAAUCUGUCUGUCAGCAUUUCGUUAGCUCCAGACUACAAAUUGCCUCCUGCUGCUUUUGCACCGCCUCCUCCAAUACAAAACCAAACUCCUGCUGGUGCUGAUUCGGCAAUGCGAAAGGCAGAGGAUGUUGUUACUGGCAUGCUUGCUAAGGGCUUUAUAUUGGGCAAAGAUGCAGUCAACAAGGCAAAGAGCUUCGAUGAGAAGCACCGGCUAACAUCAACAGCCUCAUCCAAGGUAGCAUCUUUUGACAAGAAAAUUGGGUUCACGGAGAAGGUAAGUGCUGGUACUAGUGCGGUGAGUGGGAAAGUUAGGGAAGUGGAUAAAAAAUUUCAGGUUUCAGAGAAAACCAAAUCAGCAUUCUCUGCGGCCGAGCAAAAGGUAAGCAGUGCAGGAUCUGCCAUAAUGAAGAACAGGUAUGUAUUCACCGGAGCGUCAUGGGUGACUGGUGCUUUCAACAAGGUUGCAAAAGCAGCAGGGGAUGUUGGCCAGAAAACAAAGGAAAAAGUGGGAGCGGCUGAAGAAGAACGAAAAAGAAAAGUGGUGGAUGACUUUGCACAGAUUCAUCUAUCUGAGUCACCUAAAGCUUCUGCACCAAACGAACAACAUAAUCCCUCUAAGCCUGCACCUGCUCAAGGGCUGAUCCUUUGAGUUGCUGCUGCUGCUGUUAAUACCUUUGGAAUUGAAGUCUGUCGACUCUUAGUAGUUUCUCUCGCAUUUGUAUUUCUGGUGUGGGAAUGGUCCAUUAUAGCAUAUCAGUAUAUAAUUAAACUAUAUUCUUGGGCAGUGUUGAGUGAAUUGAACUAAAGUUACAUCGUUGGUGGUGGUUUUGUUUUAUAAAUUUUUAUAUACUUUUA